GAAGAUACGGAGACACGCUAAAAUUUCUCCCCCAAUUAUUGCCAAGCAGAAACUUGGAUGAUCGACAUGGAAAUUGUCCCCACAGGAAACGAAACUAUUACUGAAUUUGUCCUCCUUGGCUUCUAUGACAUCCCUGAGCUGCAUUUCUUGUUCUUUAUUGUAUUCACUGCUGUCUAUGUCUUCAUCAUCAUAGGGAAUAUACUGAUUAUUGUAGCAGUGGUUAGCUCCCAGAGGCUCCACAAACCCAUGUAUAUAUUUUUGGUUAAUCUGUCCUUCCUAGAGAUUCUCUACACAUCCGCAGUGAUGCCAAAAAUGCUGGAGAGCUUACUGCAAGAAGCAACCAUCUCUGUGGCUGGUUGCUUGCUGCAGUUCUUUAUCUUUGGCUCUCUAGCCACAGCUGAAUGCUUACUGUUAGCUGUCAUGGCAUAUGAUCGCUACCUGGCAAUUUGCUACCCACUCCACUACCCACUCCUGAUGGGGCCCAGACAGUGCAUGGGGUUGGUGGUCACAACCUGGCUCUCUGGAUUUAUGGUAGAUGGACUGGUUGUGGCCCUGGUGGCCCAGCUGAGGUUCUGUGGCCCCAACCACAUUGACCAGUUUUACUGUGACUUUAUGCCUUUAGUGGGCCUGGCUUGCUCGGAUCCCAGAGUGGCUCAGGUGACAACUCUCAUUCUGUCUGUGUUCUGCCUCACUAUUCCCUUUGGACUGAUUCUGACAUCUUAUGGCAGAAUUGUGGUGGCAGUGCUGAGAGGUCCUGCUGGGGCAAGCAGGAGAAAGGCUUUCUCCACAUGCUCCUCCCACCUAGCUGUAGUGACCACAUUCUAUGGAACGCUCAUGAUCUCAUACGUUGCACCCUCUGCUGUCCACUCCCAGCACCUCUCCAAGGUCUUCUCUCUGCUCUACACUGUGGUCACCCCUCUCUUCAAUCCUGUGAUCUAUACCCUGAGGAACAAGGCGGUACAUCAGGCACUUCGGAAGAUUCUCUGUAUCAAACAAACACUUGAUUGAAGGAGAGUAAUGAAGAAGAUUUCAUUUUGGACUUCAGACA